AUGAUUAUUUUAGUUUGUAACGGAUCUCGUACGCCUAAAGAUGAUGAAUUUCCAUUUCAAGUAUUUACAAAAGUCAUUAAAAUUCCACCAUUUUACACUUGUGGUGGUAUUAUAUUGACGUCCAAAUGGAUAUUAAGCGCAAGACAUUGUACAAACGAUUUGACGCCUUUGGUAAUAAGUUAUGGAAGUGCGGAUUCUGGAAGGCCGGUCGGUGAAAUACAAAGUAAAAGAUUCGUUUAUAGUAAUUUCGAUAAGGGGGAUGAUGUUGAUAAGGGUGGUUUGGUUUUGAUAGAAUUAGAAGAAGAUAUUGUUUUUUCUAAAAAUGCGAGUCAAGUUAAAUUACCGUUGAAAAAUUCAAAACUCAUGGCGGACUCUGGAAAAUUGAGCGGAUGGAAAAUACACGGUCUUCAAUCUGGAAAUCAUCCGACUUUGGCCGUUAUUGAAAAAUUUAAAAUACUUUAUAAAGAUUGUAAAUAUCCGACUGGAGAUUCCAUGACUCUCGGACAAGAUGAAUUUUGCGGUUUCGACGAAGAUUAUCCAGAUUUUUACGACAUGACGGCCAUGGGUACGGCGGUUACAAAAGAUGGAAUUUUAAUCGGUUUGCUAACGAAAAUUCCAAACAGUCCGACUUUUCCGCUGUUGUUCACUAAAAUAUCAGAAUACGAAAAUUGGUUUAAAAACGUUUUGGGUGACGAAUCGAAUAAAUUGCUUUGGGUCAGUGAAAUUCCAAAUAGUUCUGGAAAUUCAAUGGCGUCAUCAAAAUAUUUUUCUGUCGCCAUUUUUUUCACCUUCUUAAUUUUAUUUAAAUCUAUUUAA